CGGCCGUGAUCAACUUCCAGCUCGAGUUUUAUAGUUUUGCAGUGCAACUAUUUUAGCGAUUCUCCCUUAUUUUAGGUGAUUUUCUUUCAAGAUUGUGUGAAAAAUCGUGUAGUUUUAUCGCACUCUCAACUUUGUGCAUUGCAAAAGACACGCGUUAAAGAAUGGUGCAACGGAGUGUAACGCCGGGGAGUCGCCAGGCGCCGGAUCCUCAUGAUCAAUUCCUGGAGAAGAUGGGCUACUACCGGAAGCACACAGGCCGAGACUCAACAAACCUGUUUCGAGUCAUCUCCGAGCAGCUGUACGACACACAGAAGUACCACUGGGAGAUCAGAGAGGAGUGUGUGGCCUACAUGAGACGCAACAGAAAGUCCUACAGGCGCUUUGUCGAUGGGGACUUCGAUAACUACCUGAUUGACUUGUCCAAGCCGCGUACUUUCGGUGGAAUCCUGGAGCUGAGAGUCCUGGCAGCGCGCUACAAACGCAAUAUUCUGAUUUUCGAGGCAUAUGAUCAUGAGAAUUGUUCAGCUGGAACCUACCUGGACUACAAUCCUGAUUACGCGAAGACCUUCCAAGUGUUCUUCACGCCUGAUUACCACUUCGACACCGUGUAUGACAUGGACUACAUGGAGAAUUUGGCUUUCUGCCAGGCUCUCGUCUACGAAGUGCUGUACCGAAAGGUGUUCAAGCUGCCGGACAUCAAUUACGCUGUCGAGCGAAUGCUGCACGAUCAUGCAGGCAUGAACACAUCUAUUGUUGAGGAUCCGUCACGCAUGCAGUGUGGAGAUUAUCGUGAUUAUGGGGAUAUUCGCCAGUUCUACUUUGAUCCAGCAGACGCGACGAAUUGUGUGUUGAACAACAGGGAUUUGUGUCAUUUUCACAAUCCGAAAUUUGAUGAAUUCGUGGCGAUGGUCAAGAGGGAGCUGGAGCUGGAGAAGAAGGAGAGAAAGAAUCAGCAGGAGAUUGUUCCGAGUUCUCGCACGCUCUCUUCGAUGCUGCCGCAGAAGGAUAUUUCAUGCGUGUGUCAACUGCUGAACGCCCAAAUUACGCCAUUUCCAUACAAAGUGGCGAAAUCUCUCGAUCCUUACAUCUAUCGCAAUGUGGACUUUGAUGUGUGGACGGAAAUCCGGAAGGAGAUGCGAAUGCGCAGGUGUGAUCGCAGCUUCCUCAGGGUGGGUCUUCGAUGCUCUGUGAAGUUGCGAAUGUCCCAGGAUGAGCUGUACAGCUGCUACAUUCAGGAGUUGUCGGAGAAUGGGCCGUGCGGGGUGUUUGUGGAGGAACUCGGCGAGCAUCAUCGUGUGCCCAUCUUCAAUCUGCAGCCGCUCAACAGUGGGCACUGGAAGCCGUGGAUGGUACCGCUGAAGAAUCAGCAGAACGAGAAACGCCAUGAUGGAAAAAGGGACACUCUGAUGCAGUACACAAAGAUGCGCGACAUCAAGCCAUAUCCAGUGGAGGUGUUGGCCAUGCCAGUGCUUACGGGAAAUCGUGGCGGGAAAGACGGUGAGAAUCCUAAAGCGCCGGAUGGUGAGAAUAAGGGAAAGAAGGAGCCCAGCACUCCCGUCAAGUAUGAGGAGAUGAAGCCGAUGCCUUUGGAGGAAGAGCUGGAGUAUUAUCCAGAGAUGCAGUAUGUAAAUCCGCCGAUUUACUACAACUACGAUCCCAUGAGCAUGUACAUGAUGCCACCGUACGGUGUUCAGAUGCAGCCAUACUACGGGAAUGUGGUCAUGUGCUCUUCCAUGCCGCCGAUGCAAGCUCCGCCGAUGCCCAUCUACCAACCGCCAGCAUCAUCUGCCAUGGCCAUGCCGAUGCACACUCCUGUCUCUCCAAACUCCGUGUCUCAAGUCACCGGUGGGAGACGCUACGAUGGGCCACUAUUUCCCGAUGUUAAUUUCAAUGUCAUGCCCAGCAUGGCGUCCAAUGCCAGUGAUCUUCCGCUGAAUGAUUUGCAAACCGUUCAGUUUUUCUACAAUGCUGGUGUUGAGUACUUCAAUUUCUUGAAGAGCAACUGUGGAUGGCCACAGGCCAUCGCAGGGAUGUAUGAGCUGCAGGGACUUCCACCGCCGCAGGACUUUCAGGAGUCAUACGACAGAACGCAAUACUCUCUCACGCCGAGAUAUGAUGAGUAUCAGCAAGAUCAGCUCUCCGAGUCUCAACACAGCACUUCACCAUUGCCUCAGAGCUCUCCGGGAAUUCUGCCGCCGCCGAAUAAUUAUCAUCAGGGUGGUGUGAGGCCACAUCACCACGGCAAUCGCAACAAUCAGCGUCAUAAUCGCAAGGAAACAACGCCAAAGAGUGUGUCGAAGAAACACAAUCAGUACCAUGGAAAAUAUCACAGUGAAAACAAUAAUCAUGGGAAAAAUGCAGGGCAGAACAAGAGCAGCGGUGAGCAGGAGAAAUUGUCUCCUCCGGCGAAUGCCUUUCCUGACAUAUCGCCAUCACAUGGCGUGAAGAGCAAAGGAGAGAAUCAGGAGCCGAUCUACAACGUUCCACCACCUUUCCAUGGUCAUCAGCCACUCGAGGGAGAAUCUCCUCACUACUCCAUGAUGAAUAGCUACGGCAGCGUGCCGUGCAACAAUUCUCAGGGAAUGCCCAUGACGAUGUUCUCUAUCUUGCCGCCACCGAACACCUCCACGAUGACCAGUGUGGUUCCGGCGAUGCCAAUGCAGCCCUGCGUUGGCCCGGAUGUGACUGUAAUGCCACCCACAAUCUUGCCCCCAGUGCCACCUCGUCCGAUGGGUGGCGGUGGUGGUGGUGGUGGUGGCAAUGGGACCGAGAUGGGCAAUUUCUUGCAUCACAAUGGACAAGUGACAGUUGGUGCGGGCGGAAGGGGUGCUACCGCAGGGGGUGGCGGAGGAGCACCGAUAGGGGGUGAGGUUGUCUCUCCUUAUGGCAUAAUUCCGCCACCCACGCAGUUCCAGUAUCAGCCGCCACCGCUUAUGAAUGCAACGACCCCAAAUCGACCCCCGGGAAAUUGGUAUCACUUCACAUCUCGCCCACCUCCACCGACUCCCACCACGGUGGCCUGUGGAAACAUGAGUGGUGCUGGAGCCUACACGCCGAACGCUGAUAUUCCGCACUGA